CACGACCUGACGUUCGUUUGUUUCCUUUCACAGCUCACAAAAACACCAAUUCAGGCUCUCCGACCUGCCCCUAAUCCUCUCUCACCUCUUUGCGGUCACAUUGGGGCGCUGGCGCCACGAUGUCCGCCUCACUUCCAGGGAAUAGAGAUCUCCCAGCAUCUCAAUAUGACCUCUCGACAUACUGGGGCCGUGUCAUGCAGUCGGCACAGAUAGCAGAUCCGAGGUGAGGACAGAGCAAGCGUCACACUAUCAAGUGUUGACCUGAAAUUUCUGGGCUCGCGACCAGUUGUGCCAUCAAAUGGUGCUGAAGGACACUCUUUGUUUCCUCCUCUGGCCUCGAAAAUGCGAAGCGGCUGGUGACAUCUUAUAAAACUGGGGAAGCAAAAGCCAUGACACCUGAGAUAUGGAAAGCCAAAAAGAUUGUGGAUUCUACACUCCAUCCAGAUACUGGCGAACCAGUUUUCCUCCCUUUCCGCAUGUCCUGUUUCGUCAUCUCUAAUCUAGUCGUCACUGCUGGUAUGCUCACACCCAACCUGAGCAACACGGGCACAGUAGCUUGGCAAAUUAUCAAUCAGUCUCUCAAUGUCGCGAUCAACUCGGCCAAUGCAAACAAAUCUUCACCGCUUAGCACAUCUACCUUGGUGAAAUCGUAUUUCAUGGCGGUCUCUGCCUCUUGCUCUGUCGCGGUGGGAUUGAACUCCCUUGUUCCACGGUUGAAACGCCUCUCUCCCAACACCAGGCUUAUCCUCGGUCGCCUCGUUCCCUUCGCAGCAGUGGCGAGUGCAGGCGCAUUGAACGUCUUUCUUAUGCGCUCCGAAGAAAUUCGUCGCGGCAUCGACAUCUUUCCUGUGCAAUCCGAGCAAGAAAAGGCCGAACGUGAGAAGACAGGCAAGGAAGUCGCGUCGUUAGGUAAAUCUCGCAAAGCCGCCAUCCUCGCCGUGGGCGAAACAGCAAUCUCCCGCGUCCUCAAUGCGACUCCGAUCAUGGUCCUUCCUCCACUCAUCCUGGUCCGACUCCAGAAAACCGAGUGGAUGAAGUCCCGGCCGAGGAUGGUCCUCCCCGUGAACCUGGGCUUGAUUCUGACGACCAGCAUCUUUGCCCUGCCCUUGGCGCUGGCGGCGUUUCCGCAACGGCAGGCCGUCAGCGCGAGGAGCUUGGAGGAAGAGUUUUGGGACCGGGGCGGGGAAGGGGGGCUGGUGGAGUUUAACCGUGGGAUAUGAUCAUGGGGGGAUGUGAGUUGAGACCGGCUGUCUUUCGAGGCGGACCCUGGUUUUGGUUGGACGAAAGAAGCAAGUCGGAAAGACCCGAAUGAAUGCCAAAUGCGAUUGCAAUUGCAAAAGCAGAUGCGGAUCUGCCUGCAGCUCUGCAGACUCGAGUUCACAGUUUGCGCGCAGAAAGCACGGACGGAUGGUGUGUCCCGAUGUUACGUCCCUAUUCCAUCCCCGUCCUGGCGAAAUGGAGACCGGUGGUCGUGCGGUCUAGCAGAGCUUUCCAUACAUAACUUCCAUACAUACUUACCUCCAUACCUUCCUGCAGCAAAGCCCCUACGUUACAAGGCAGGGAGGGGAAGGUAACAAAUGUGUGAAUCGAUAUCAAUAAUACUAGAGACGCGGAUGGGAAAUGUGAGCUGCGGCCAGUCUACGAGUUUGCUAUGUACCUGGUAGCUAUGCGCCUCCUCC